GAAUUCUACUGUACAACCGUAAUAGCUCUUUGGUUUUGGUUGCUUCCAUACCUAUUCUGGUUGCAAAAAAGAGUCCAAUUUGUACGUAAAAUGCAACAGUUUUGCAACUCCCACUAAAGAAUAUUCACUACCGGACUGUAAAGUAUAGCCGGAGACUCAGAUUUUUCUUUGUACUACUAUUCAGUUCUUUGCUCACAAAAUGAAGCUCCUAAUAAGCAAAUCAGCAAGCAACUAGCAAGCAAAUGUACCAUGGUAGCAGCAGCAAGAGGAUCAAGGCCGCGCAAAGCAGCUCGCAAACAUCAGGGGCGGAUUGUGACCCCCCAACAAGGCGUGACAAAUCAUCAGCAAUGGUGUCGGUACCAAAGAGGGAGUUUGUGCAAGCACUUGAUCUAAUAGGAGGAGGGAURCAAGAACUARCAACAUACUGAUUAAUCAUUUGAGAUCUUUAUGGGGAUCCGUCGAAAUUUAGUAUCAUUGUCGAUGAGCAGCGUCAAUGACCGACGUCCGUGUCUUAAUUUCCUUACUACUUGUCCCCCCUUAAUGCAAUCGAAAAAAUCAUAAAAAUAGUACUGUGUAUAUGUUAACUGUUUUGCGUUUUGCUAAUAGCCUCAACAAGAGGAUCAUCUUAAUAGCUGACAGGAGUGUCGGUAUCAGUGUUGUCGGGGUGUUAUCGAGGUGAUUGUCAUUGUCGAGAAUUCUUCUCUCGAACUUUUUUUUUUCAUAGAAUUUCAUAGAAUUUGCCUUCUGCGUGACAGUGUGAGUACUCGUACUUCUCAUCAAUCAACCUGAUACAGCACCAUACUUACUCGUACUCACCGCCGCCCUCGCUCUGGCUUGGUGCAUCUACGUAUAUUAUGUACUACAUCGUACAUGGUUGCAUUUUUGGUUGAUAUUCCUUUGUGUACUUGUCCGGUAAAUAACUGAUUGGCAUCGAACACGACACAAAAUCAAGGAAUCAAAAUACCGGUACCGGUACCUGCACAGUACGUAAUUGACCGAACACAACUCCGGAACAGCAAAUACUAUGUCGUGAAACACAUCUAACGCCGACGUAAGAUUCUUUGAAUAAAGAAUCAAGAAUCUAAAAGAAAUGCUAUUUGGCACCAUUURCCCGCCCGUACUUUGUACCGUCCCCUUUUUAAUCUUCAACAUUUUGCGUCUUCUUCUCUUCGUAGUCUCUCUCUUUCCGGGAUUCCUUAGGUUUGGUUGGUAUUACUUCAUUUCUUCCAAUCGAGUUUCGGUCAGGUAUGGAAAAAAAAGUGUCAGACAAAAAUUAGAUGUGUACCGCUCGUGUGAAAAACUGGACAGUCAACGAGAAGUGCUGCUAAAUGGAGAGCAUCCCGGUUCAGCAAAGAAAUUCCAUUCCAAUGCUCCAGUUAUUGUAUUCUACACCGGAGGAGCUUGGAUAAUCGGAUACAAAAUGUGGGGUGCUCUCUUGGCUAGAGCACUAACAGCCGCGGGGGUAAGCUGAUUGGUGCCAUCGAAGUGAUAGUUCCCAAGCACACGUGUCAGAUGAAUGCCUCUCACUGAUCCCACUCGUAAUUGUGCGAAACAAGGUUGUCGUCGUSAUCCCUGAUCUACGCAACUAUCCUCUUGUUAGUAUACCGCAGAUGGUCGACGACGUAGAUUCAGCUCUAGAUUGGACGAGCAACAAUAUUUCACAAUAUGGAGGCGACCCUACAAACAUAGUUGUUGUCGGUCAAUCUGCUGGCGGUCACGUUGCAUGCGUGGCUCUUUUUAGAAAGAUUCGAAAAAAUAUUGAUAAAAAUAAUGACAAUGCGAAGUCAAAUGGUGAAUGGAUGACGUCUCAUAUAAAAGGAUUUGCAGCAGUUUCAUCCCCGCUCAAUUUAGGGUCACCGCUCACUAAAAGCUUUAGACGAUUGGGCUUUGACGAUGUUAUGGUCGAUCGGAUGUUUGGAUUCCAGAAAGAUAAAUAUGAUCCAUAUUUGACGUUGGAAGAACUUCAAAACUCAGAGCUUGAGCAUGAGUUCUUGAAAGCGCUCCCUCCAUUUUGCAUAUACCAGGGCACGGACGAUAAGACGGUUCCAUUUGAAGUUUCCGAGUCAUUUUACCGAAAACUUUCAAAUACUUCGUCGAACACGAAAUCUGUUUCGUUCGUUUUGUACGAUGGCUGGAGCCAUACCGAUCCAAUUUUGGAAGGGCCGAUGGAUGCUGACCAUAGGUUACACAAAGAUUUGCUUGACAAUGUUAAUGAGUGGACUACUGUUCCGAAUUUAACUUGGCCAACGUGUCGAAGAUUGAACGGUAGRUUGUGCCCUCAUUUUAUGGUAGAAAUAAGUAGAUUCAUAAAUCCAUUCUAGUCGUUUCGCCACGUUGAUUUUGUUUCUGCCAAAAUAAUCAACUGAGGAUACAUGAACGAUGGAGCAGUAUCCAACAUGGACUUUUGGCAAAUGAGGUACCAUCCAGUUUUUGAUUGCAACCAUCUUGGUUCAUUUGAAUGGCAGAGAAACAAUCCUCUCCACCUACAUUAGAAUUCAAAUCCAUACCACAGCAUACCUAUAUUAUCUUCUUCAUCAGUCUGCAUUAAGCUAGACAGCAAAUCC